AUGGAGAAAGAAAGAAAAAACUUUCCUAUUGGAAUAGAAAACUAUAGUUUAUACGAGGAGAUAGGAGAAGGUGUUAGUGCAUCAGUUUAUCGUGCUCUUUGUAUACCUAAUAAUGAGACUGUAGCGAUUAAAAUUCUUGAUUUCGAGCGAUACAAUAGUGAUUUGAAUACUAUAUCUCAAGAAGCUAAAACAAUGGUUUUAGUAGAUCACGUAAAUGUUCUGAAAUCACACUGCUCAUUUGUUAGUGAUCAUAAUUUAUGGGUAGUAAUGCCAUAUAUGGCUGGAGGUUCAUGUCUUCAUUUGUUGAAAGUUGCUUAUUCGGAUGGAUUUGAAGAGAUUGUAAUAGCAACUAUCUUACGUGAAGUUUUAAAAGGUUUAGAAUACCUACAUAAUCAUGGUCAUAUACAUCGAGAUGUUAAAGCUGGAAAUAUUCUAAUCGGUUCUCGUGGUGCAAUUAAACUAGGAGAUUUGGGUGUUUCUGCUUGUUUGUUUGAUUCAGGUGACAGACAAAGAAUGAGAAAUACUUUUGUGGGGACACCUUGCUGGAUGGCACCAGAGGUAUUGGACACAUUGCACGGAUACGACUGCAAAGCUGAUAUUUGGUCCUUCGGCAUAACUGCUCUCGAACUAGCUCAUGGACAUGCUCCUUUCUCUAUAUAUCCUCCUAUGAAGGUCUUACUUAUGACCUUACAAAGUCCACCACCAAGCCUUAAUUAUGACACAGAUAAGAAGUUUUCUAAGUCAUUUAAGCAAAUGAUAGCUAGUUGCUUAGUUAAAGAUCCUUCAAAAAGGCCUUCAGCAAAAAAGUUGAUAAAGCAUUCCUUUUUCAAGCAAGCUAGAUCAAAUGACUAUAUAUAUCAAACGCUUUUAGAUAACUUACCACCUCUUGGAGAUCGAAUAAAAACACUUAAGAUGAAAGAAGAAGAUAUGCUUGCACAAAAGAAAAUGGCUUUUGGUGAAAAAGAGGAACUCUCUCAGAGUGAAUAUAAAAGAGGUAUUAGCAGUUGGAAUUUCAAUUUGGAAGAUGUAAAAGCUCAAGCUUCCUUGAUUCAAGAUGAUGCCAUUAUAUUUGAUAAAGAUGAUGGAAGUAUUGUGGAUAGCCCCUUGGAUUAUCAUUCACAAAUUUCAGAUAUUGAUAAUGACUUAUCAAAUUACUCAUCACAUACACCACCUCCGAAAAAUGUGUUCACAAAUAGAGUCCCCAGUAUGGUUACGGAAUGGACUAAAUCUGAGAAACCGAAUAAUGAUUCAAGUAUAUCUAGUUCAAAUUAUGAAAAAUCCACAUCAGCAUGUUCAUCUCCUCGCCCACUUGAAAAUGUGGACAAUAUGACAACAAAUGGAGAAAGUAAAGGGAAAAUGGUAAUGAAUAAGUGUGCACCCUUGCAUACUAGAAGAGCAAGUUCAUCUGCAUGUGGCUAUACACUAGAAAUACCACACCCUAGAGCAGAAUGUUUAAGUUUGCGAUCACCAAAAGAAAUGCUAAUGACCGUGGAUGAAACAUCCUCAGGAACAACUCCAAGUACAUCAAAAAGCCCACCAGUAUUUCUCACAAAGGAUAAUUUAAUACUUUUUGUUACAGUUAAUACUGAAGAUAUCGAAGCAAAAUUAAUCCAGCAAAAAGGUCGUUUUAAAGUUACUUCUGAAAAUAUUGAUCAUGAAAAGGCUACAACAUCUAAUACUAUACUUCAAAAGAGUCACAGUGUGCAGGUUGGUACUACUACUCCUUUCCUUACCAGCUUGCUACCUCCUCCAACUGGUGAAAUAUCAACAAAUAAUCCUAAAGAUAGUCUAUUUUCACAUCUACAAUCAAUUCUGCAAGCAAAUCUCAUGCAAAGGGAAAGUAUUUUAAGUGCGAUGAAACAAGUUUCUUCCAAUUCAUUUAAUGUUAAUAUCAGUGGCGAUAGAGGGUGUACUUCUACAAGUGUUAUGGACAUUGAAAAAUCUAUGCUUGAGGCUAGUCAUGAUAGAGAGAAGGAACUACUUCAAGAAAUUAGCACACUACAUUCGAGGCUAAUUCAAUCCGAAGCGGAGCUCCAAAAAUUAAAAAUAGAGAAAGCUCAUAUGAAUGAUCAAAGACGUUGA